UUUGUAGCAGAGGGUCUGGUACACAGAAAACAAGAAUAUAUGUGAAAGCCAGGCUAGUCUCAAGACAGCAAUUGGGACAAGCAGUGGGGUUGAGCGGGAGGCGAUGCGCUUCUUCUCCUUGCCCUUCCAGGCAGUACCUUGGCCUUGGGCAGGUGUCAGGGCCUGGAUCGGGGCUGGGUGACUGGCCCGCUCCUCUCCGUGCCCGCCCCGCCCAUUUGCGCUCGCCUGCAUGCUGCUCGCUCCCGCGGUCCCCGCGGUGCCGCGCCUCGCCGGCUCCUCAGCUUCCAACCAAGAUGGCGGAGAGCGGCGAAGGUCUGGGGACCGUCCCGGAACAUGAGCGGAUCUUGCAGGAGAUCGAGAGCACUGACACAGCCUGCGUGGGGCCCACUCUCCGGUCUGUGUAUGAUGACCAGCCAAAUGCACACAGGAAGUUUAUGGAAAAGUUGGAUGCUUGUAUCCGUAAUCAUGACAAGGAAAUUGAAAAGAUGUGUAAUUUUCAUCAUCAGGGUUUUGUAGAUGCUAUUACAGAACUCCUUAAAGUAAGGACUGAUGCAGAAAAACUGAAGGUACAAGUUAUUGAUACCAACAGAAGAUUUCAAGAUGCUGGAAAGGAGGUGAUAGUCCAGACAGAAGAUAUUAUUCGAUGUAGAAUUCAGCAGAGGAAUAUUACAACUGUAGUGGAAAAAUUGCAGUUGUGCCUUCCAGUGCUGGAAAUGUACAGUAAGCUAAAAGAACAGAUGAAUGCAAAAAGGUAUUAUUCUGCUCUAAAAACUAUGGAACAAUUAGAGAAUGUAUAUUUUCCCCGGGUUAGCCAAUACCGGUUUUGUCAGCUAAUGAUAGAAAAUCUUCCUAAACUCCGUGAGGAUAUUAAAGAAAUAUCCAUGUCUGAUCUCAAAGACUUUUUGGAAAGCAUUCGAAAACAUUCUGAUAAAAUAGGUGAAACAGCGAUGAAACAGGCACAACAGCAGAAAACCUUCAGUGUUUCUCUGCCAAAGCAAAAUAAUGUAAAAUUUGGGAAGAAUAUGUAUAUAAAUGAUAGAAUUCCAGAAGAAAGGAAUGAAAUUAUAUUGAAACAUACAUUUGAGGAAGAGGAUGAGAAUGAAGAGGAGGUCUUAACUGUUCAGGACCUGGUUGAUUUUUCCCCAGUUUAUCGAUGUUUGCACAUUUAUUCUGUUUUGGGUGAUGAGGAAACAUUUCAAAAUUAUUACCGAAAACAAAGAAAGAAACAAGCAAGACUGGUAUUGCAACCCCAGUCAAAUAUGCAUGAAACAGUUGAUGGCUAUAGAAGAUAUUUCACUCAAAUUGUAGGGUUCUUUGUGGUUGAAGAUCACAUACUACAUGUGACCCAAGGAUUAGUAACCAGGGCAUAUACUGAUGAACUCUGGAACAUGGCCCUCUCAAAGAUAAUUGCUGUCCUUAGAGCUCAUUCAUCUUAUUGCACUGAUCCGGAUCUUGUUUUGGAGCUGAAGAAUCUCAUUGUAAUAUUUGCAGAUACUUUGCAGGGUUAUGGUUUUCCAGUGAACCGACUUUUUGACCUUUUAUUUGAAAUAAGAGAUCAAUACAAUGAAACACUGCUUAAGAAAUGGGCUGCAGUUUUCAGGGACAUUUUUGAAGAAGAUAAUUAUAGCCCCAUCCCUGUUAUUAAUGAGGAAGAAUAUAAAACAGUCAUCAGUAAAUUUCCCUUUCAAGAUCCAGACCUUGAAAAGCAAUCUUUCCCAAAGAAAUUCCCCAUGUCUCAGUCAGUGCCUCAUAUUUACAUUCAAGUUAAAGAAUUUAUUUAUGCCAGCCUUAAAUUUUCAGAGUCACUACACCGGAGUUCAACAGAAAUAGAUGAUAUGCUUAGAAAAUCUACAAAUCUGCUGCUGACCAGAACUUUGAAUAGCUGUUUACUGAACCUUAUUAGAAAACCUCACAUAGGUUUGACAGAGCUAGUACAGAUUAUCAUAAACACAACACACCUGGAACAAGCUUGCAAAUACCUUGAGGACUUUAUAACUAACAUUACAAAUAUUUCUCAAGAAACUGUUCAUACCACAAGACUUUAUGGACUUUCCACUUUUAAGGAUGCUCGACAUGCGGCAGAAGGAGAAAUAUAUACCAAACUUAAUCAAAAAAUUGAUGAGUUUGUUCAGCUUGCUGAUUAUGAUUGGACAAUGUCUGAGCCAGAUGGAAGAGCUAGUGGUUAUUUAAUGGAUCUUAUUAACUUUUUGAGAAGCAUCUUUCAAGUGUUUACUCAUUUGCCUGGGAAAGUUGCCCAGACUGCGUGCAUGUCAGCCUGCCAGCAUCUGUCAACAUCCUUAAUGCAGAUGCUGCUGGACAGUGAGUUAAAACAGAUAAGCAUGGGGGCCAUUCAGCAGUUCAACUUAGAUGUCAUACAGUGUGAAUUGUUUGCCAGCUCUGAACCUGUGCCAGGAUUCCAAGGAGAGACCCUGCAGCUAGCAUUCAUUGACCUCAGACAACUCCUGGACCUGUUUAUGGUUUGGGAUUGGUCCACUUACCUAGCUGAUUAUGGACAGCCAGCUUCUAAGUACCUCCGGGUGAAUCCAAACACAGCCCUUACUCUUUUGGAGAAGAUGAAGGACACGAGCAAAAAGAACAAUAUAUUCGCGCAGUUCAGGAAGAAUGACCGAGACAAACAGAAGCUGAUGGAGACAGUGAUGAAGCAGCUGAGAAGCCUGGUGAACGGUAUGUCCCAGCACACGUAGGCCGCACUCCCUGCACUCAGUGACACCAGGUCCAGGACCGAACACUGCUCCCUGAUGGGCACUGGAUGUGGCCACAGCAGUUUGUGUGCAGAAUUAAAAAAUACAGCAGAAAAAAGACACUGAUGAGAGCUGAAACAAGAAACAAUAAUAAAUAUCAUUUGUAUGGAUUUUUAAAUAAUUGAGUACUAUUUUAUAUAUGGAAAAUGUGACAUUAAUUUUUUCACUUUUAAAAAUAUGUGUAAAUCAUAAAAAAUUGUAUAUGAAACUGAUUGUAAAUAUGUUAGAAAAACUUAUGCCUCUACAUAUAAAUAUCUUUUUUAUUCAAACUUCAGUGGUUUGUUUUUUUCAUCAGUGUUUGGUUUUGGAAUGUAAUCAUAUCUGAUUUGGGAAUAUUUCACUGCCAUUUUCUGACUUUUAACCUUUACUUUUCACCUAAAUAUAAUUUAAGCAGACAAAAAUUUUCUAAUUCUGCUGAUUCUGAGGGAGAUAUAGAUAAAUCUUUAAAGGUCUCUGAAAUCAAACUUGAUUUAAUUUAGUAAGAAUGUGAAUUAUGUGUUCUCCUUGGGUGGUUUGAUGUAAUCAUUCUGAAUUUGAAGACAAGGUGUGGGAUUUUCUGAAGAUGCAAUGUUUCUGUUCUGCAGGGCUAAUAUUCCUAACUAUAUUGCUUGUAGCUGACCCCAUUCUAGAAUUUAUUUGGUUUGGUUUGGGUCACGUUAAAAGAGGGAACAGGAAGUAAGUGGGGCUGACCACUUCAGGUGCAGCCUGUGCGAGGGCAGGUGUGUUCCCACCCUUGUGACCACAGGGCUCGGGUUACUGCUUCAAACAGCAGGUCUCAGUGCCGUGUCCUCCUUGUGGAAACAGGCCAAACCAAACGAACUCUGGAAAACCUCCUCAAAUGAAUGUGCAUUUUCCCUUUGUGCAAAUCACCGUGAUCCAGACAUCAGUCUGAUCCUUACUUUCUCUUCAUUGUAUUUAUGCUGAAUAUUCCUUUUGCAUUUUCAGGAUUUAUGCCUGUGAGAAACUUACACCUGACUCUGUAAAAUAAAUGUAAAGAAUUAUAUGUACAUUUCUUGAUUUUUGUGAUGAAACAUAAAAAAGGUUGAGCAAGUUCUUGAAAA